AUGCGCACCCCAUUCACUCUCCUCGCCUUCGCCUCCCUCUUAUCCGCAUCUCCCCUCGUUGAACUGGACGAGCGCCAGCAGCCGCCCAGCAAUGUCAAGUACAUCCGACCAGUAAUUGCUCCGGCAGGUCAGCGACUCAACGCCGCCAUUUCCCGCGACUCGCUCGACCACAUCUCCAAUGGCCUUCCACUCAUCCUGCAAGUUCCCUCACCUGGUAACGGCGUCAAGCUCAAGGUGUGGGAUUGCUAUGAUGUACCGCAGCAGCGCUGGCACGUUCACGACGGCAAGAUUGGGCUCGCCGGACACAACCUGUGCAUGGACACGACCGAUGGCCUCGCCGUGCACGGGACGGUUCUUCAGAUCUGGCAAUGCUAUGAUGGCAACCAGAACCAGCAGUUCGCAAUCUCGGGAUCGAUGCAGUGA